UUUCAACUACUCCGUACGGGGAAUGCAGAUCGAUCUCGCAUAGGUCUCUAGCACAAUCCAAUCGGACUCGGCAAUGCUACCGGCACACAGAGUCGGGAGUGCCAGCUUCGGGUAUACCCCCGCGAUGAUGUUCGGAGCAAAGGUUCAUUCAAAAGAUUUAUUGGUCAAUAGGACUUGAUGGGACCUUCAUCUACAAACCCCUCUUUCGGAAGCGUGCUGCCCACAGCUCCGAACGUCAAUGGACCUUGGUAACACGUACAGUAUGUAUGAUAGGACCGAGUCCCAUCGGAAGCUGGCUACCCACAAGCAACCCCAUGGGCAACCGAGGAAUCACCGCGUAUCAUUUGCUACUGCAAAGAAACACGUGUGGGACGUCUUUGCUACAUAAACUUGACCAGUUCUUCAAGUCUUCUCCCUGAUAUCAAAGGGAAUUUCCCCCUCCCUGUUCCAGCUUUGAACGCAACAACCCACUCUAAGGCCGCCUACUGCAUUUGUUUUCACCAACAUGGCUGUCAAGGGGACCGUCGAAGGGGCGCCGGCUCCUGACAAGGUCGAUCUCCUUAUCGUUGGAGCUGGACCUGCUGGUCUUAUGAUGGCGAUGUGGAUGGCUAAAUGCGGUAUCAAGACCCGGAUCGUGGACAAACGAGGCACGAAGAUUUUCAAUGGUCAGGCUGACGGGCUCCAAUGCCGCACACUGGAAAUAUUCGACUCUUUCGGCUUCGGCCACCGUGCCUGGAUCGAGUCAAACCACAUGCUGGAAAUCUGUCUCUGGAAUCCGGACAAGGACGGUAUCAUCCGCCGAGGCGACCGCAUCCCAGACACGAUCCCCGGCAUCAGUCGCUUCCAACAGGUCGUCCUGCAUCAGGGCCGGAUCGAACGAUUCUUUCUCGAUUCCAUUGAAGCAUGCAGCGAUAUCAGAGUCGAGCGAGGUGUUAUGCCAGCUAAACUCGAGGUCGACGAAUCACUAUUUGAAGAUAACGAGGCACACCCGAUUACGGUGACUUUACGACAUCUCAGCGAAGAAGAAGCCACUCCCAAGCAAACGGCGACUUCGACUAAUGGCGCUGCUGUGCAGGAUGGAUUGUUCAGAAGUAACCUCGCCGCCGACGACACCCAGGACCUGCUUAACAGCGCAAAAUUGAACGGGAAAGCCAACACCGAAGAGGUUGUCCACGCAAAGUAUGUGCUUGGGGCAGAUGGAGCGCAUUCUUGGGUGCGUGACCAGUUAGGCUUCAAGCUUGAAGGUGAAUCGACGGACUAUAUCUGGGGCGUACUAGAUAUUGUUCCAAUCACGGAUUUCCCCGAUAUCCGGAUGAGGUGUGCUAUUCAUUCUGCGAGUGAGGGGAGUGUCAUGGUCAUUCCGCGCGAGAACAAGCUCGUACGGCUCUACAUCCAGCUCACGAGGACCGAGAAACAUGGCGGAAGUGGCGCCAGGGCUGAUCGGUCAAAGAUCACCCCGGAGACGAUCCUGAAAUCUGCUCAGCGCAUCAUGGCGCCUUACAAAAUCACUUAUCGUAAAUUAGACUGGUGGACGGCUUAUCAGAUUGGACAGCGAGUCGGAACACAGUUUUCUUUGGCUGAGAGGAUAUUCCUUGCAGGUGAUGCUGUGCAUACACACAGUCCCAAAGCAGGCCAGGGGAUGAAUGUCAGCAUGCAAGACACCUUCAAUCUAGGCUGGAAGAUCGCCAGCGUCGUCAAAGGCCUAUCGAGCCGCUCCAUUCUGAAGACCUAUCAAACCGAAAGGCGCAAGAACGCCCAGGAUCUAAUCGACUUUGACCACCGCUUCUCGCGCCUGUUCUCCGGACGACCGGCGAAAGACGUCAUGGACGAAGAAGGAAUCAGCAUGGAGGAAUUCAAAGACGCAUUUCAAAAGGGCAAUCUAUUCGCCAGUGGAAUCGCCGUCGACUACGGCACAAGCCUCCUCGUCGCUAAACCCGGCUCUUCCACGGCCCAAGGCGACGGCACCGACGUGUCAGCCGCCCAAGAUUUCCGCCUCGUCUCCACGCCAUCCCUGGCGCCGAAAGUCGAAGUGGGCAAGCGCAUUCCCAGCUUCAAAGUCCUCAACCAAUCCGACGCACGGCCGUCUCACUUGCAAGAACUUCUCCGCUCGAACGGGCGUUGGCGCGUCGUCACAUUUCCCGGCGACAUUCGAGACCCAGAGCAGGCGAGCAAACUGAAGACGCUGGGCGAGAAGCUGGCACGUCCGGACUCGUUCCUGAACCGCUUCACACCGGCUUCGGCACGGUACGACGACGUCUUCGAGAUGCUGGCCGUCCACAGCGCUCCGCGCCAGGAGGUGACGGUGUUCGACUUUCCCGAGGUCUGGCGGCCGUAUGACGAGGUCGACGGGUGGGAUUACUGGAAGAUUUUCGUCGACGACGAAUCGUAUCACGAAGGCCAUGGGCAGAUCUACAAGAACCUCGAGAUCGAUCCGCGCGGGUGCACGGUCAUUCUGCGGCCUGAUCAGCAUGUGGCCUAUGUUGGGCCGCUGGAUGCGUACGAGGAACUGGAUACGUUCUUUGCUGGAUUUAUGAUCCCGCAGAGCGCGCAUGGCAAGGCUCACGUCGAUGCUGAAGUGGAUAUUCCGGCACACACUGAGACCCGUGGUGUCGUUGAACCGCUCCGGGAUGACGGCCUUGUUCUAGUAUCUUGAGUGUCCGCCAAUCGCGAACCGGUUGCCGACGGGUUCGGCCAAUCAACCAGCAUGAAGAAUCGAAAGCGAAGUCAAGCAGGGCCUAUUGAGAGAUUCCCUUUAGUGGUGCUUAGGUGUCAGGGUGUCGUGUGUUGUAUUGACACAGCAGGCGUUGUUACGGGAGCGAGAAACUUAACCUUGAAGCAAGAUAUGCCACGAUCAGCGCCAACGUCUUCAUACGACUUCCGCGGAGCUGUGGAAAUCUUGGUCCUCCAGAUAGUACAUGGCUCAUAAUAUAAGAAGAUCAUCUCACUCUCAAGCUCGUUUCGAGGCCGUAAUACGAGAAUCCUUGGAUCCCGAGUGGAAGACGAAUUUGAUACCUAUCGACGUCGACAUCAACAUGCACCUCGACCUCAUUACUGUUCAACUAAUUUAGAGUUUCUUCUCGGCAGCGAGCUUUGCGAACCUCGCCUUG